CAAACGUGUGACGUUAAACGUGAGGAGACGUCUGUCUCGAUUUGAUCAGAACCAGGCUAAAAGGUUUCUUUUCUCUUCCAGGUGUCAUCCUCCUGGUUUUCCCUUUGGUUCUGGUUCUCCUGGUUCUCUCUCUGGUUCUGGUUCUCGCUCGGGCCAUGCUGGGCAGAACAGGAACCAUAGGUGGCCGUUGCAGGUUUGAGGUCCAGCAGUACUGCUCCCUGUCCUCCCUUCCUCCUCCCUGUAAGGUCUCUAGACUCCGUUACCCAGCAGGCAGUGAGAGCAGGAAGUACAGGGCGGGGCAGGAGGUGGGACAGAUGAGCUCGGGUCAGAUCAACCGCAUCUUAAAGGCCAACGAAUACAGCCACACCCUCCCCAGAGGCCCCGCCUCCCACGGUGUCCUGGGUUUCCAUAGCAACAUAUUGCCAUCCAACUACCCGGGCGAGGACCGCCGGAGCAGCGCCACCUGCCUGCCGGGCUGUGGUGGUCUGCAGUUUGGUGUGUUUGACGGGCAUGCGGGGUCGGCGUGCGCUCAUGCUGUCAGCCAGAGACUCUUCUACUACAUUGCCGUGGCAACCCUGCCUCUGAAGAUGCUGGCAGAGCUCGAACGGGCGGUGGAGGAGGGACGGGCUGUACCGCCACUGCUGGAGUGGCACAAACACCCCCGAGAUCACAGCCACCCUGACGGAGGAGCAAGCUCCUUCCACAGCCUCCGAAACUACUGGCAGGAGAGGCUGGAGGACGAGGACGGCGAGGAUGACGACGAGGACUGCGGCAGGGGGACGUCAGCGCUGGUCAAUGCUUUCCGCCGCCUUGACUACGACCUUUCAGUGGAAGCCCAGGUCCACCUGUCCAUGUCCUCACCCAGGCGGUUGUCUCUCCCUGGAGAGGCGUUCUCUCUGUCCUCACCCCUUCGCGUGGCGCUGUCUGGCUGCACAGCCUGCAUCGCCCACAUUUCCAACGGGGUCCUGCACGUGGCUAACCUGGGCGACAGCCGGGCCGUGCUGGGUGUUCAGGAGCAGGACGGGUGCUGGUCAGCGGUGAGUCUCACCAAUGACCACAACGCACAAAACCCAGAUGAGCUGCAAAGGAUUUUAGGGGAACACCCGCUGUCUGAGCACAGGACAGUGGUCCGACACGACCGCCUGCUGGGUCUGCUGCUGCCCUUUAGGGCGUUUGGUGAUGUCCGUUUCAAAUGGAGCGCAGAGAUGCUGAAACGGGUCUACGAAACACGACCAGACAUCUUGUCCGCGCUCAGCGAGGCGGUCCGUACACCGCCACCUCACUACCUGACCCCGCCCUACCUGAGCGCGGAGCCCGAGGUCACCCGACACCGCAUCAGACCCGCUGACAAGUUCCUGGUCCUGGCCACUGACGGACUCUGGGAGCUGAUGCACCGACAGACCGUAGUCCAGCUGGUCGGAGAACAACUGACAGGUCAGGUCACCAUUCUCACCUGA